AUGUCGUCUCCGCUCCCAAGUUUCAGCGACCUUUACAUCAGCAAGACCAUGCAUUCAACGCGUAGUGGCCAAGUCUACUCACAUCAAUUCCUGAGAGGCAAAGCUCCCGCUGGUGAUAGCGAUUCAGACAAUGAUAGCAACCAUUCGAUAGACUCCGAUAACGACAAUGAAGACGAAGAACAAGACAUGGAGGGCAUAGAGAGAGGAUCUCAAGAAUUCGACGUAUUCUUAUCAGAUGAAGAAUCGGAAGAGGACGAGAGCAACGAGUCACUACACACUGUGCUUGCCGUCGAUCAUUGCAGAUUAGUGCGACCAAGGAGGCAAUCCCAGGGACAAUUGACUCCAUACUUUGCUUUCCAGGUUGGCGUCGCAGAGGUCAAACCCGUCAGCAUUCGGAUUAGCUCGCUGAGGCGAGGUGGAGAGGAGAAGUGCUCGUGCGCAAUAGAGCCUUGCUUCCACAUUAUCAGGCUCAAGUCUGCAAUGGGCAUAUCGGCGGGAGAUGAUUGUUAUGAACGUCUUGACGAACGGGGUAUGUCCAAUGUAUGCGACGAACUUGAAUGGGAUUUCUCGGACGAACCCUACCUUUUUCCCGCACCACAAUGGACGCUCAGAAAUGAGAGACUAAGGACAAGUUCAACAUCCCGCAGAAGAGAAGGUGACGUCAGGGAUAUGUUAUCAUACUUCCACCCGCACGCCGUGGCGGACGAGUAUCGAGAUAUCUUUGACUUUGCUGUACAUAACGACGACGUUCUUGUUCCGUGCAACCUUGAGGCAACUUUAGCCAAGUUACUGACUCAAGACGAUGUCAUCUUUCAUCGAUUCGAACAACAUUUCCCCAGAGAAAGCCGCGAUAUGCUAUACCUACACAAGAUGGAGGACAAGUUCCAAGAAUCACUUCAACAACUGGAUGAAUAUGCAGAUUCUGGUAACCUAUCUAAUUGGAAUGCUAUGGCCCCAUCCGACAAUGCUGUUUUUGAGCACAACGUACCAUGGUGUGCCCAGACUCUCAUUCACGUUAGUGAUUCAAUGAGGGACAACCUGAAAUGGCGAGUCGGUAUGAGCAGACAUAACCAGUUACAAGCUGCAGCAAUCUUAGUUCGAAUGUUGGAGGCUGUUCGAAUGCGUAAUGUCGAUGCAUACCCAAAUCAUUCUUUCCGACGCAACAGACCCCACGGAGAGCAAUUGACCAAUCGCAAUCUUUACUUAAAUUUACUUGGUCCACAAUCUGAGGAUAUCCCAGGUCGGAGCGACUUCAUUAUUGAUGCCCUAGAGACUUUGCCUGGGAAUGUUGUUGCCGCCAGUGAUUUUGUCGAUCGCUUGGAUCGUCUUCGUGCCGACCUCAGCAGUAUCGCAUUUGUUUCUCCAAGACGACUAUUCGUGAACAGAUUAGGACAACUCGUUUCAAAACUCAGGGCGAAUUAUGGGCUUCCUGUAGUGUCUAUUUCGUCAUCCAUGCCAGCUACAAGCGCCUUCGGUGCCGAUCUCAAUACUUCCUACAGUGUUGGAUCGAGCUCUUCCUCCUAUGCCAUUGCCGGUCCGUCAUCUCUUGGAGGACCUAGCUCUUCGUCUCGUGCUAGACUAGGCUCGUCAACUCGUUCAACGUUAGGAAAGCGGUCCGGGAGGUCUGCUAGUUCUAGUGAUCGACGAGGAAAACGCGCAAUGAAGUGA